GCUCCGGACAUGCGUGGUCUCAGACUCAUCAUGGUACCAGCUGAGCUACUUCUUUGCUGCUUCCUGCUGCACGCUGUGGAUGCCAUUCCAUAUGGAAACCAGACAAACGUCUUGGUGCAUCUUCACUCAUCCUUGGGAUCCUGGCUACCUUCCUCAGCCCCAUUGUCUUGCCGGGCCCUGCUCCCCAAAUCCCUGCCUGGCUUCACCCACAUGGCCCUUCUCCCCAAGUUCCUGGUAGGCCUGCCCCUGAUGAUUGCCUUGGAGAAAGCUGGCUGUCAAGCUGAUGUACGGGUCCUGCAGCUUCAGCUCUACCGCCAGGGGAGUGUAAAGGCGACACAGAUCCUCAUCAGACAUCUUCAAGAGCUCGAGAAAAGCAGAAGCACAGGGACGGGAGUGUCAGUGGAUGCCCUGGCCUCUGCUCUGCAGCUGUUGGCCAGGGAGCACCCAGACCCAGAGAGGGCCCGACGAUCCCUCUCCAUCAAGGACUGUGAGCAGGAGCAGGAGCAGAGUGUGCACAAUGUAGUCCAGCUGUUGCCAGGAGUGGGAACCUUCUACAACCUGGGCACAGCAUUGUAUUAUGCUGUUCAGAACUGCUCGGACAAGGCCAAGGAACGAGGCCGAGACGGGGUCAUAGAUCUGGGUUAUGAACUUCUGAUGGCCAUGGCUGGAUUGUCAGGGGGGCCCACGGGAGUAAUGAUCAGUACUUCACUUAAACCUAUAGUGAAGGCUGGGGUUCAGCGGGUGAUCCAGUAUUAUAAUGAGAGAGAGGUGAACAGCCCUCCACCAGAGACCAGCAAGGAGGUCUUGGGGGGCACCUAAUUGAGUCACCUGGAAGAAACAACUACCAUGGCCCCUUUGGUAUCAGUAGUAAGUUCAGUUCCUUACUGGCAGUGGACCUUACUCUAUGACUAUGGCUUAGAUCCUAGGGAUGGGAAUACUACUGAGAUAUAAAAGAAGGUGGUAUGGAAUUCCUUGGCUGUCCGGUGGUUAGGACUCCACUCUUUCACUGCCCAAGGGGCCAGGUUCAAUCCCUGGUCGGGGAACUAAGAUCCCCGUAAGCUGCGCAGCAAUCAAUCAAUUAUAAAAGAAGUGGUGGGACUUCCCUGGCGGCCCAGUGGUUAAGAAUCCACACUUCCACUGCAGGGGGUGCGGGUUUGAUCCCUGGUGGGGAAACUAAGAUCCUGCAUGCCAGCUCAGUGCAGCCAAAAAAAAAAAAAAAGGUGGUAAACAUGAUGACUGGAUCUAAUAUUCUGACAAGUUGUACGUGUGUGUUCAAAAUCCAAAUCUCUGAUUUUUUUUAUCAAGG